AUGGUCCGCCACAACCCCAUCGCCGAGAAGGAGAAGAAUCUCCAAGCCUCUAACCAAGCUCUGCGAACACACCUCGCAGACUUAGAGAAGAGCCAGCUCACCCUAGAACAAUCCAACACUUCCUUGGAUAGCCAAAACACCGAGUUGAAGGAGGAAAAUGCCACGCUUCAGAAGACAAAUGCUUCACUUGAAGUCAGCAAUACGACUUUGAAGCAACUCAACACCACCUUGCAAUCCCGAAACACCGCUUUGCAAACCGAGACUCAAGAUCGCGUUGCCGAGUUGGAGGCAUUGAAGGAGCGUACUGCUUCACUGGAACAAGAAGUUUCCAAGCUGGACGUAGACCAGACACUCGCUCGUGAGCUCAUGCAAGACGAAAAUGAGAGUCUUAAGGAGCGCAACGUGGUUUUGGAAAAUACCAACACGGCUCUGGUAUCAGAGAAUGAGGAGCCUCGGAAAGCAUCCAUUGAAUAUUAUGAGAAUGCUAAUGGCCUCGAAGAAAUCAAGGAGGAGAAGGCUGAGCUGGAGAAGCGCAUUGCAGAUCUCGAGGAGUCGAUCAGAGAUGGCAAAGUAUACGAUGUCCAAUUUCAUGAUGAACUCACAGCAGCAGAGGCUACUUUGGAAGCCGAGAACGACACCCUUCAACAGCAAGUCGCCAUCCUCGAGGCUGCUAAUAGCGAUCUUGAGAGAUCCAACUUGGAGACGCUCGCAAACCGCGAUGACCUUCAAUAUAUGUACGAAACCACGGCAGAUGAUAAACUGCUUCUCGAAGAGCAGAUUGAGGUUUUGCAGGCUGAUUUGGUAGAAUGUACCUCUUGGAAGGAAAGCAACAACGAGCUACAAAAACGAAACGACAUUCUCGAGGAGUCAAACGCUGCUUUGAGAGAGAUCAACUACAUUCUCGAAGCCGACAAGCAACGUCUCCAACAGCAUGUCGUUGAUUUGGAAAGCAUCGAGUCUUCGUUGGAGGAAAGAAACACCAUCUUGGAGGAAGGCAUCACUGCUCUGAACGCCGAGCAUCAAGCUUUCCAAACUGCCCAUUUCGCUAGGUUGAAGGAGCUCAAUACAGGUAUUACCAUGUUGAAGGAGGAUAAAGACACCCUUGAACGUGAGAUGACGGACCUUGAAGAGGAUCUCGCAAAACUAAACGACAACACCGCCUCCCUCCAGGAUGAGAACGCCUCCUUAAGUCAGAAACUGGAGAAAUACCGACGAGCAUACGGCAAUUCCAGAUCCGAAAACGACAAGCUCACCAGCACCGUUCGCAGCCUUCACGAGGAGAUCACCGCGAUGAAGGAGCAAAAUUCUACAAUUGAGACUUGUGCAGAGUCCAUCAAAUCACUCGAGAAUGGCUUCUUGGGGAUGAAGGAGGCGGAGGGCCGGAAACUGGAGGAGAUGAAGAAGCUUAGGGAGCAGGCACGAGUUAUUGGCAAGGAGGCAAAGAAGUUAAUGGAGCACGCUCGAGGUUAUCGUGCAGCUCGGGGUCAUCGGUUGGAGAUGAAGGCGAAGGCGAAGGCGAACGAUAAGCGAGUUUAG